AUGGCGACUUCAUUCAAGCAACAAGUUUCCCAUCAAAAGAAGCCAAAAGCAUCUACCAAUGCCAGCACGCGUAAGCUACGUAGCACGCUGAAGCCUGUAUACGAACACAACCAUUCCAUACAGGAGCCAUCCGGCAAGCCUGGAAGAAACGAAGAUCCUCUUUCUCACCCCACCGCACCCAAGCAAGACCUUCACCCCACUCAGUCUCCCCGUAACGGCGUUCGCGGAGGCAUACUUCCGUCCAACCUCAACCACAUCAACCAUCGCCGUCACGUCCACUUCGAAAAGACCGAUAACGGCUAUCCCCUCCGAAAAGGCUACAGCGCCGCAGACCCGCGCCGCAAAUGGGGAAAGGCCAAGAAGCCCGCUGUCAAACCAGAUGUUUAA